UCGGUUUAAUGAGAUAAUCCUUCCCUAUGGAUUAUGUGAGAAUACACAGGCUAUGGUGUCCGAUGGCCGCGAUGUCUUCAGCAGAGGUGGCGGUAGGAGAUGAAGUAGUUGACGAGGACGGAUCGGGGCCGGCGUCGUCGUCUCCCACUGGGGACCACAGGAUGGUGCCGACGAUGAGCAGGACGUUGGCGGCUACCGUCACCUCCAUCACGUCUACAGCUGUGGACUCGUCGACCGCCGACGAGAAGGCUUGGCGCGAGAUCAUCGUCAACGCCGACCCAGGCAGCAUAUUCCGACGACUAGAGAACUUCACGCGCAACAACAACUUCAUCACGGAUUACUACGAAAGCGAGAACAACUGCAGCAACCUCUAUGAUACCAAUUCAACACUUUUCGAUGGAAACUUCACCAGCAACGUGACCACAGACUCAGGUUGGGAUAUGUUCGCAAGCGUCGCCAUAGGCACCAUCCUCGGUCUCAUCAUCUUUGCAACGAUCAUCGGUAAUGUCUUCGUCAUCGCCGCUAUAAUCACCGAGCGAAACUUGCAAAGCGUUGCCAACUACCUGAUCCUCUCGUUGGCCGUCGCAGAUCUUCUGGUUGCGUGCUUGGUGAUGCCUCUGGGUGCGGUGUACGAGGUCAGCCAUGCGUGGACCUUGGGUCCAGAACUCUGCGACAUGUGGACCUCCAGUGACGUUCUCUGCUGUACCGCAUCCAUCCUCCAUCUGGUGGCAAUCGCACUGGACAGGUAUUGGGCAGUCACGAACAUCGAUUAUAUCCAUCACAGGACAGGGAAGAGGAUAAUGAUUAUGAUUCUGGUGGUGUGGUGCGUGGCCUUCUUCGUGUGCAUUGCUCCGCUGCUUGGAUGGAAGGACGAGCGCUGGGGAGAACGGAUAGAAAAGGAUAAGAUAUGCUUGGUGAGCCAGGAUAUCGGGUACCAAAUCUUCGCAACGGCCAGCAGCUUCUAUCUUCCUUUGCUGGUCAUCCUCAUCCUGUACUGGAGGAUCUUCCAAACGGCAAGGAAGCGCAUCCGCAGACGACAGAUCCUAACUAAAGCGACGGAAACGGUGAAGGAUAAUCCGGCGAUUGGCGGUAUUGCCGGAGGAUUAGCGGCGGCGAGCGGAACCGGUGGUAUAGCCGCAGCAGUCGUAACCAUCAUCGGACGACCUUUACCUACUAUUUCAGAGACGACAACGACGGCUUUUACGAACGUAUCCUCGAACAACACCAGCCCGGAGAAAACGUCGUGCGCAAACGGAUUAGACGAUCCACCUACCACCACAGAUGGCGGAGGCGGCGGGCCCGGUUGCUACCAGCAGCCCCAACACUACCCGGUGAAGAGGAAAGUCAAGGAUUCGGCGGACUCGAAGCGCGAGAGGAAGGCCGCCAAAACUCUGGCCAUCAUCACCGGUGCCUUCGUGAUGUGCUGGCUGCCGUUCUUCGUGAUGGCCGUACUGCUGCCCAUCUACAAGGAUCUGUUCAAAGAAUACGUGAUCUCGCUCUUCCUCUGGCUGGGCUACUUCAAUUCCACCUUGAACCCGAUCAUCUACACGAUCUUCAGCCCGGAGUUCCGGCACGCCUUCAAGAAGAUGCUGUGCGGCAAGCACUAUGCGCGCAGGAGGACAAGGAACUUUGGCAUACGUCAUCUCCAAUGAUGUCGGCAGAGUGAUGUC